CGAGAAUGUGCGCCGCACGGAUCACGGAAGAGAAAACUGGAAUGGGCUGCUGACUGCCAGCUGGAUUGAAACUUGACCAGGCAACUUGGUAUCUGACAGCUGGACUGCACCUCGAUUCGUGAUUCGACUGUCCCGACUCGUUUGCAGGUAGCACCUCAGGAAGAUGUCAGAGCUGAGUGGGAAAGUUCAGACCGUGCUGGGAGUGGUGGAUCCCAGACGGCUGGGUCGAACCCUCACCCAUGAGCAUCUGACCAUGUCCUUCGCUUUCUGUUACACGCCGCCACCCCCGGGUCAAGAAGCCUGCUCUGAAAUGCCGAUAACCAUGAAUAACCUGUACUGGCUCAAACAGAACCCCUACAGUCACAGGGCCAAUCUGCUGUUGAACGAGGAAGUGGAGGCGGUUAAAGGGGAACUCCUGCACUUUAAGGAAGUGGGCGGUGGGACAAUCGUGGAAAAUACCACCACUGGGAUAUGCAGGGAUGUGAAGGCACUCCGGCGCCUUUCUGAAGAAACUGGAGUUCAGAUCAUUGCUGGGGCAGGAUUCUAUGUGGCCGAGACUCAUUCGUCUGAAACGCGGAGUACAUCUGUGGAGAAGCUAACAGAUAUUCUGGUGAAUGAAAUUCUCCAUGGAGCUGAUGGAACUGACAUCAAGUGUGGAGUGAUUGGAGAAAUUGGCUGCUCCUGGCCAAUGAUGGAGAGUGAGCGAAAAGUUCUUCAAGCUACAGCUGAGGCACAAACGCAGCUUGGCUGCCCUGUCAUCAUUCACCCGGGCAGAAAUAGUGAUUCACCUUUCCACAUCAUCCGAAUUCUCCAAGAGGCUGGGGCUGAUAUCUCCAAAACAGUCAUGUCCCAUCUAGAUCGGACCAUACUUGAGCGGGAUAAACUGUUGGAGUUUGCUAAACUGGGAAGUUACCUGGAAUAUGACCUAUUCGGCGUGGAAUUGCUGAAUUACGCGUUUUGCCCUGCUGUGGACAUGCCUUGUGACAUUGAAAGGAUCAAUUGGAUCCGUUUCCUGGCUGAUGAAGGUUAUGGAGAUAACUUGCUAAUGGCCCAUGAUAUUCACACCAAGAACAGGUUAACUAAGUACGGAGGGCACGGCUUCUCUCACAUUCUCACCAACAUUGUCCCGAAAAUGAAGCAGAGAGGCAUCCCUCAGUCUGCCAUCGACAAGAUCCUGGUGGAAAACCCCAAACGUUGGCUAACGUUCAAAUAAUUAAAUUAACGCUGUCCGAAUCUUGAGAAAUAAUUCACAGUUGAUUUUAAAGAACGUGUUUUCUAUAGACUGAAUUAUAAUUGAUUUAAGAGCAAUGCCUUCUUCAUAAAAUCGGAAUUCCCAGCAUAAAGGAGAAGGAAUGAAAUAUUCUUAAACCGUGCUGAAUCGGGGCAAAGACAUGUAGCACCAUGUGUUGAGUGCUUUGUGGCGAUCUGUUGCUGUAUAGUUUUGGGUGAGGAAACGUCGAGCAAAGUUAAUGGGGUGGAUCAUACAAUUUAGUGUAAUAGGAAGGGGCUUAAAGCGAUUAAACAGCCCCGUGGGGGCUAAUUUUAAUUCGGGUGAUAGUUUCUUGAUUUGUUGCUUGCCUUCUUCAACGUGGACAAUUAGUGCUCCGCAGAAGGCUGGUGUCAAUCAUGUAUGUAACCUAAAUGUAUGCAAUAUUUCUGCGAUAAACUACAUGUCAAUACGGCAAUAAUGGCGGUCCUUAAAAGUUAUUUGUUUGCUGAAGACCAGCGUGAAUUGUCCCGAGAUCCCGGUAAAGUGAUGAAACAAUUCAAAUAUAUGUUAAUCAACGAG